CAGGUAAUACGAUCCCAAUACCGAUAUCACACACACACACACACACACAGAGACAAAAUUCCGUCGACGAAAAUGCUAGCCGGUGCCGAGUUGAGCGGGGAUUCCCUGUACUAGCCACCAAAUCUAUCAGGUAGCUAGCCACUGACCUCUCGGUACCUCGAAUUCCUGGCUGGCAGAUCGCACGCGCGCACGCAACCGAGAUUCAUUCAGCUAGGUACCUAACCUGUCUUCGCAUAUUCCAUCCCUCCAUACACCUACAUGCCUACAUCUCCAAGACAUAGGUACGUGGGCCAAGCACUACCAAUGGUCAUUGGCGCCAGAGCGGGCUGUUUACGGCGGCUACGGUAAUGAGACCUGGGUGUGCGUGUUGCGUGUGGGUGCGUAUACGCAGAGCUAUGUGCGUGUGUGAAUAUCCGUCCGCCACUGAGACCGCGCAGAGGGGAUGCCAGGCACUAGGGGGGGUCACCGACGAGCCGCAAAUGACCGCGUGGCUGAGACGUGUGAUUGGGCAAGACGCCCUUAGUGUUCGGCCGCCCGAACUGAACGCGAACCCCCGUUGUGGUUGCGAUGCGCAUGCACGACCAUGCCCGUACCCUACGCCGCGUCGCGUCGCAUCGCGUUGCGCGCCAUGCGGUGUCUGCCGGACGAGAGGCCGGUCCAGCUGAGGCGAGAGAGGGAGCGAGGGACGAGCGUAGGGAGAGGUCAGUAGA